AUGGUUGAACAGACGCAGCACCCAACGAUCCUGCAGAAGGCCUCUGGCCAAUUCUUGCGCUCGAGCGUAUCUCAGGAUGUCCAUGGUUAUGCAUCGGCUUUUCAGAGGCCUUCUGCAUACCAAAGGUGUGCAACUUACGGGAACUACUCGAAUGCUGCAUUCCAGUAUCCUCUUGCGGCCACAUCUCAGAUCGUGUCCACCACCACUUCGCCUGUGUUUGCCCAAGCUCCAGCAGAGAGGGGUUUCUCCAGCUUUGCUAUCGAUUUCCUGAUGGGUGGUGUCUCCGCUGCUGUGUCGAAGACCGCUGCUGCUCCCAUCGAGCGUGUCAAGCUUUUGAUUCAAAACCAGGAUGAGAUGCUCAAGGCUGGCAGGCUCUCUGAGCCCUACAAGGGUAUUGGUGAAUGUUUCGGCAGGACCAUCAAGGAUGAGGGAUUCGGCUCCUUGUGGAGGGGAAACACCGCCAAUGUCAUCCGUUACUUCCCCACUCAGGCUUUGAACUUUGCCUUCAAAGAUUACUUCAAGAGGCUUUUCAACUUCAAGAAGGACAGGGAUGGUUACUGGAAGUGGUUUGCCGGUAACUUGGGAUCCGGAGGUGCUGCUGGAGCCUCGUCCCUCUUGUUUGUGUACUCUCUUGACUACGCACGUACCCGUCUUGCCAAUGACUCUAAGGCUGCCAAGAAGGGAGGUGAGAGGCAAUUCAAUGGUCUGGUUGAUGUCUACAGGAAGACCCUCAAGUCUGAUGGUAUCGCUGGACUUUACCGUGGAUUCAACAUCUCCUGUGUUGGUAUCAUUGUGUACCGUGGUCUCUACUUUGGUCUGUACGACUCCUUGAAGCCUCUUCUCCCUGGUGACUUGCAGGACAGUUUCUUCGCAAGUUUUGCUCUUGGAUGGCUCAUCACCAACGGUGCAGGUCUUGCAUCGUACCCAAUUGACACUGUUCGCAGAAGAAUGAUGAUGACAUCAGGUGAAGCCGUCAAGUACAAGAGCUCGAUGGAUGCGUUCAAGCAGAUCCUGAAGAACGAAGGAGCCAAGUCUCUCUUCAAGGGAGCUGGUGCAAACAUCCUCCGUGCCAUUGCAGGUGCUGGUGUGCUCUCUGGCUACGACAAGCUGCAGUUACUUGUCCUCGGAAAGAAGUACGGAUCCGGAUCUGGUUAA